GAUGUUAGCAAAGAUUAUUGGAUUUUUUAUCAGCAUUUUGAGUUACUUACCUGUCUACAUAUACAAUUUAUUGUACAGUAGAUUCUACACAAAGUAUAAUAAGUAAUAAAUAUUUAGAUGGACUUACGUAAUGAUGUGCGAUAGAUUGGAGAAAAAGAUGUCAAAUGUUAAAAGAAUCUUAGAUGUUGGAGUAGGUACUGGACAUCCCAUGAAAUAGAUAAUAAAUAGGAUUCCUUCAAGAAUUCGUGUAGUAGGAAUAGACAUAGAUACAAAUUAUUUGAGGUAUGAUUAAAUAUUAAAAUCCUAGAUAUGCAAGACAAACAUUCAAAUAAAAUGAGAAUGUAGAGAUAAGAGAAUAAAACUUUUAUGAUUUAGAAAAUUCAAAAGAACAAUAUGAGGCUGUGAUUUUUUCUUCAUCUUUCAUGAUAAUGCCCGAUAGAAUACGAGCAUUGAGAAUUGCAAAACAAAGAUUGAGCAAAGGAGGUUCUAUCUUUUUUUUAUUGACUUUGGAACCUUAUAGAAACUAUAAAACAGUGAUUCUUGAAAAAAUUAAGCCACACUUAAAAUACAUCACAACAAUAGAUUUUGGGAGUAUUACUUAUGAAAAGGAUUUCGAAAUCAUGCUUAAAGAAGAGGGAUUGUAAAUUAUAUCUAAAGAAAAAGUUGCUAAAUAUAGUGUGUUUUUGGCUAUAUUUAAUAUGUUUGUGGUAGAGGCAGAAGUAAUAUGAA